AUGGACGCACCACCGCGCAAGAAGAGGUGCCUGGCGUCUUCGCAUGAUGCGGAGGCGGCCAGCCAGGGGGGUGCCGUUUUGGAAGGAGGAGAUCAUCCCAUCGAGGAAGUGCUGAGCGACGAAGAGCUGCGCCCCUUUACUCCACGCACUGUGCUGGUGGCGGACACGACCCCGAAGCGAGCAAACGCCCUCUUGCAGGUGCUCAACAAACACCUACCAAUGCCUCCGCACGCCAAGCACCUGAAGCGAAUCCGACGCGUCAAUGACGCAGCCGCUGCCGAAGGAUACGUGCUGCAGGUGCUCGUGUGUGAUCCAAGCGACGAGCAAAAAGUCAGCGAGCCAGCUAUUGCCGGCGCACUAGCCGCCUUCUCCCUGUCCCUCAAGCCGGUAGAGGUGUCUGCGUUUGCGCCGCUCACCGAUGCUCAGUACACUGAAUGGAACGCCAUAUGGCCAAUCGGCGCACGACCGCCACCAAGAGAGAUCCAGCCACCAUCCAAAUGGCCGACAAAGGCAUUCACCGAUGGAGUCGGGUACAUGAAGGUGGCACUCGAACAAGCGAACAAGGCUAAGAACAAAGGAGAGCGCCCGAUCGGUGCGGUUGUGGUCAACCCCACAACGGGGCAGAUAGUGGCCGCCAAGGACAUGGCCGACAAUCCUUCUACAAGGGGCAACUAUCUGUGCACCGGAUAUCAUCUCUACAUUACGCGCGAGCCGUGCAUCAUGUGUGCAAUGGCGGUCCUGCAUUCCCGGUUUGCCAAAGUGUUUUACGGGGCACCCAACCUGGCCAUGGGCGGACUCGGCGGGCGAGCGAAGCUGCACACCCACCCAUCGCUCAACCACCACUUCCAGGCCUACACCGGGCCACUCCAAGCGGAAUGCCGCCAACUCGCGGCGGACCCGUAG